AUGUUGGCUAAGGGUGCUCUGGAAAAUAUCACUCGAGCAGAAGCCAUGAAUAUGGAAGUGCUAAUAACAGGCGCACCAAACACAUUUCACGAGGCGUCAUACCACCUGGAUGUCGUUGAUGCCGAAGAGAGCGAGCCAUUUACUCUGGAGUCAUUUAGAAAGUCGAUUACAGAGUCGCUAAAGGCUGGAAAAGAGUACAUCCUGGCAAAGGUGACCACCUCUGACCCUACGAAUGCAAACUCUCUGUACAACUACUACUACUCGGCGUUUGAAAUAAACAAAAUACUUUUUAAGUACGAGGCAGACAGACACCUCCUGCACAGGAUGAAAGUAAGAAACCCAAUGAACAACAUGUUUAUUAUGGGCCAGGUGUACUACUACAGGAUAGGGUACGGGUCAUUGGAGAGCGCGCUUCAGGAGUACGACCAUCCGUCAGAGGAGAGCACAAAGGGGAAAAUGAAGGCAUUUAGUGAAGUGCUUCCGGCAACUCGGAAUAGCACGUCGUACAUAGACAAACUAAACACAAAAAAAGAGCCAGAGCUUCGGACCAUUUCUCGAGAUCUAUUUGAGGCAUUUGCACAUCCGCAGGAGGUAUCGAUAAGCACAGAUAAGAAACUGAGAAUUAGAGCUAUUUAUUUUGCGAAUGAUGGAGACUUUCUUGUGAAAUCGGGAACAAGAGAGUUUUUCAAGAGAAAUGUCGUAAACCCUGACGACUACUUUAUUUUCAAGCUGGAGAGAACACAGAACGACUUCCUGGCUCUCCUUGACUCUCCUAACGGCAGCGAGUCGAAUGACGAAGCAGAAACCUGGAAAAGAGCUUUGACAGCGCAUUUGAGCUUUAUCCUGGUUAUUAUGUGUUUACUCCUGUUUUUGGGAAGUUUCCCUUUGAUUUUCUUCAUUGUUUUCCCAAUGGUUGUGUUUUUCCUUCUUUCUAUGCUGUUCUCUUUGUUUUAUAUAUUCUGCUGCCGAAGAAGAACCUUUGGAAGCAUAGAUGUAAAUGAUGUAGAUGAGGUGUAG